AUGGUACGAAAAUUAAAAUUUCACGAACAAAAAUUGUUAAGAAAAGUUGAUUUCAUCUCUUGGAAAGCUGAUAAUAACUUACAUGAAGUUAAAAUUUUAAAACGAUACCGCAUACAAAAAAGAGAGGAUUAUACCACAUAUAAUAAACUGUCUCGAAAAAUUCGUGACUUAGCUAGAAAAAUAAAGGAAAUGGAUCCAAAGCAUCCUUUUAGAAUUGAACAGAGCGCAUUACUGCUGGAGAAAUUAUAUUUGAUGGGUUUAAUUCCUACCAAAUGGGAUUUAUCACUUUGUGAUAAAAUAACCGCAUCGUGUUUUUGCAGAAGAAGAUUGCCUGUGGUAAUGGUUAGAAAUAAAAUGAGCGAGAGUGUGAAGAUGGCAACCCAGUUGAUUGAACAGGGUCACGUUAGAGUUGGAACUGAAGUUGUAAAAGAUCCUGCCUUCCUAGUAACUAGAAAUUUGGAAGAUUUUGUCACAUGGGUGGACACUUCAGCUAUCAAGAAACAUAUUUUGGAGUACAAUGAUAUUCGCGAUGAUUUUGAUAUGCAAUAA